AUGGACAAAGAGUCUUUCUAUAUUGACGGCGUCAAAGAAAAGGAUUCUUCAAACUUGAAGCCUUUGAAGCCAAUUUCGGAUGACUUGGUAGAUUCGUCUCUAAACGAAGACGAUAAGUUAGUUGAACUGGGAUACAAACCAGUUUUCAAACGGGAUUUUUCAACCUGGGCUACCUUUUCAUUUGCCUUCUCCAUUUCUGGACUAUAUGCUACUAUUAUCACUACCUUUACUUAUCCUUUGGUUGCCGGCGGUGCCGCCGCUAUUGUUUGGAGCUGGUUCAUCGGUGGUGUCGGUUGCAUGUGCAUUGCUCUUUCUGUUGCAGAACUCGUUUCGGCUUAUCCUACCUCAGGUGGACUUUACUUCACAUGUAAGAAUUUAGUACCGCCAAAUCAAAUGCCGGUUGUGUCUUGGCUAGUAGGCUGGUUGAACUUGCUCGGUCAGAUUGCUGGCGUCAGUAGUACCGAUUGGUCUUGUGCACAGUUACUUCUUUCUGCCAUAUCUGUUUCUAAAGAUAUGACUUAUCAACCCACAAAUCGUCAUGUUGUCGGUGUGAUGGCAGCCAUUGUUAUUUUCCAUGGAUUCAUCAACUCUUUGUCUACCCGUUGGCUUGACCGUAUUACUCGCUUCUAUGCUGUUUUUCAUUUAUUAGUCCUUUUCGCCUGUAUGAUCUGCUUGCUGGCAAUGUGCAAGAAUUUUAACACUGGAACGUAUGUAUUCACUAGCGUGGAACCUCUCAGUGGCUGGAAACCAACGGGGUUUUCUUUCUUAUUUGGAUUCCUAAGUGUAGCUUGGAGUAUGACUGAUUAUGAUGCUACUGCUCAUAUUGCUGAGGAAAUCGAAAAUGCUGCUGUUCGUGCACCUCAGGCCAUUGCCCUUGCCUUAAGUCUGACUUAUUUUUUGGGAUGGAUAUUUAAUAUUGUUCUCGUUUUUGUUAUGGGAACAAAGCUUACUAGUCUUAGUCAAUCUUCUCUUGGUCAACCCGUUGCGCAAAUAUUUUACAACGUCCUCGGUAAACAGGGAAGUUUAGCUUUUCUUAUUUUUGCUUUCAUUAUUCUCAAUUUCACGGGUGUAACUUCUAUGCAGGCAAAUGCUCGCACUAUCUUUGCACUUUCAAGAGAUCAAGCUCUUCCUUUUUCUCGCUAUUGGUACAGGAUUAACAAAACUACGACUACCCCCGUAAUUGCAGUAUGGCUGAACGUUCUCUGCUGUAUUGGAUUAAACUUGAUUGGUCUUGGUAGUGUCGAGGCCAUCGAGGCUAUCUUCAGCGUAACGUCUAUUGCAUUGGAUUGGAGUUAUGUAAUUCCCAUUGCUUGCAGACUGGUCUUCGGUAGAAGGAUGAAUUAUAAACAAGGUCCUUGGAAUUUGGGAUGGUUUUCAAUACCCGUUAAUGUUUUUGCGGUAGCAUGGACUUCAUUUGUGUCCGUUAUCUUCGUUAUGCCUAAUGUUCGUCCGGUUACUGCUGAAAAUAUGAACUAUGCUAUAGUUGUUCUCGCUGCCGUUUUACUAUUUAGUCUUGUAUACUGGUGGUCCGGUGCUAGAAAGAAUUAUAUUGGACCAAGAGUCAAUGUUGAUCUCGGCUCAGAUGAUCCUUUCAAAAUGAAGUAA